AAUCAUCCCUAUAUUGCUAGGUUGCAACGUAUACCAUUAGUACCAAAUUGUCAUGAAAUGAAAUUGUUUAACUGACAUCGAGAAGACGCAGAAUCUUAUAAGCACAUACAGUUUUUAAACAAAUAAUAUUCUAAGAUAAUAUUAUUAAAUGGAUAUUGCCGCGUUGUCAGAUGAGACAUUUAACGCAAUUGAUUGGAUAAAUGUAAACUACAAUAAAUAUGGAGCGGAACAAGCAGACGGAUGUAGGGAUAAAAGUACUUUGCCCGAUAAUAACGACGCGUUGGCGAUGAGUUUUAUUGACAAAUACGUUUCCAAAUUACAUUUGUAUAUCCAGCAAGUACACUGUGCUGUUGAAGAAACUGGUCAAAAAUUGGUAUCUGGUAUGCCCCGUGUAAUUAAGGAAGCUAUUUUACUACAAGCUGAAGUGGAGGAAUUAAAAAAACGUAUGCAAGCAAUGCGAAAGGAAAUGACGGAUGUGCAAGAGGAAACUGGCGAUUGCAUGGCUGCAUUGGAACGUUUAAAUACCAUUCAAAGUAAAUUACAAAAAGCUAAGGAAUCACUGCAGGAAUCCGAUGGCUGGGGAAAUUUAAUAAGUGAAUUGGAGGAUUGCUUUGAGCAUAAUAACAUGAAGGGUGCCUUUGAGAAAUUGCUUAGCUUGCAAAAGUCCUUACAAGUACAAGAGCAAUUACCUGGACAUGCUGAGCGGCUCACGCAAGUGGAAGACUUUAAAAAUCGCUUAGAAGCUUUAGCUUCACCAAAUGUAGUUCAGUGUUUUUCUGAAGGCGACUUAGAGCAGACGAAGCAAUACGUAAAUAUUUUCGAUGGCAUCGGACGUAUCUCACAACUGGAACAAUACUACCGAGCCGUUCAAAAAAACUCCUUGCAACAGAAAUGGAAGCAAAUUUUGGACGUGCAAGCGGCGGAAAAUAUAAUGCAACACCAGUUUCUUUCAAUUUUCUAUACAAGUUUAGUGGAGCAUUGUCAACAGAAAGUAAAAUGGUGUGCGGAUGUGUUCGCUUAUGAACAAGGAAAUUUUCAACCAAUCAUCGUAGUGAUAGAAUUAUUACCAACAUUACAACCAACACGUGAGAGUCAUGUAUUUCAACUACUUAAAGCGUGUAACGAGAGACUAGAACUUUUGGAAGAGUGCUCGCAGGCGAAUCACAAGUUUCUGUCUCAUUUAACAGCAUUCCUAGAGCAAUCGAAAAUCGAAUUGUCUAAAGAAAUGCAAUGUCAGAUAGUGCAAGCUGUGUACGGUUAUUUCCACAAAUUUAUAGACCAAUACCCACGUAUAGAGGAAACACAUUUUUCAGCACAAAUAGAUAAAAUAUUAGUAAGCCACGCCUCAGCAGGAGAUUCCGUGCGUCAUUUGGAGAAUUGUAAUCAAAAAAUUUUUGAUUGGCUGAAUGAAUCUUGUGAACGCUGUAAAAAUAUAACAGAUGAUUUGGGAUUGUGUAAACUUAUUGAAAUUAUGAGUGGAAUUUUAAAGAAAAUUUUGGACAAUUUCUCAAAAACUCAGCGUCAAAUCGCUCUGAGUAUUGGACAUGCUACAGAAAAUUGGUUAGCACUGCAAUGUGCGAUGUCACUUCUACAGUGUUUGGCGGAUUUCCAAAUUAAACUGCAUAAAUUCGAAAAACAUAUACAAACCCGAUUGAUUAAAUUAAAAGAAAAUAUUGUUACCGUCAAAACGGAUAAUAACUACAAUAUAGGUAGCAUUCUGGAUAAUCAAGAACAAACAAGUUUAUUAAAUACCAUAGAAAGGUAUCAACAAAAAUUAGUAGAAACCAGUGGCGCGUAUUCAUCAUCUUCAAGAUUAUUCGCUUCAAUAUACGACCAUGUGAAAAUACAUUGUGAGGAAACGCAUGACAUUGCUUUAAAUGUUUUGUUAAAACCAGUAGAGGAGCAUCUUGUAAAUAUACAACCAUCACUGAACUUAAAUUCUGAUUCGUUAUUGCCAGCUAAUAUGCCGGAAUUCAGUUUCGUACCACAAGAAUGUAUCACUCAAAUUGGGCAAUAUUUGCUAACACUGCCGCAACACCUGGAACCGUUAUUAUUUACACCAUCUCCGUUACUCAAACAAGCUCUUGAGAUUUGUAACGUUAAAUACACCCAACCUGUUCCAUGUGCCGACAUAUUGUUGUCUUUAGUAGUGGAGCAAUGUUGUCAACUCUAUCAGUCUCAAAUAUUGCAAGUUAAAGCCCUGUCGUCCACUUCUUCUAAACAAUUUGCUGUGGAUAUUGAGUAUUUGUCCAAUGUCGUAGAAGAACUAGGUUUGUCUAUUAGUGUUGGUUUGUCGCAAAUUUUGACAUUACUUAAAGCUGAUCCAGAGAAUUACUUGGCUUUAAGCGGUGGCUGUGAACCGCGUUUAGUAACGGCCAUUCGACAAAUGCGCAAUAUUGUUUCAACUCAAUAGCCGUUCUGUGUAGUAUUCAAAAAGUGAAUAGUGUUUAUAAUAUUAUAUGAAAAUAUAUAUGUAUUGCUAUACAGACGCAA